GUUCAACUCUCGGCGUCCAGAAAAAUACGCUGGCAUCAGUUAAAAACGCUUUGGUGGACACACGGCCUAAGGCGGGACUUCCUUUCUACAUCCGUUGACCGUUGGGUGCUCAGAGCUCCUUGGUUGAAGUGACCCGUCUCUGCUUUGACUUAAAUCACAUGGCAUGUGGCGUAAAGCUCAUCCGGGUUGGAAGGCGUCAGCAUGGACACGGUGGAUGUUCUUGCAUCUCUGGGGGUAGAGGGAGCAACUGCUGCUGCGCAUGCGCUCUCUCUUCCAGCUGAGGCAUAUGGAAAUGAUGCCCAGUUGGAAGUAAUGUGGGCAAUGAAAGCCUACAAUCAUGCAGAAAUUUACUUUAAUCUCAUUUCUUCGGUUGAUCCAAAACUUCUAAAACUAACAAAAUCAGAUGACCAGAUCUAUACGAAAUUCAGGGAAGCUUUUCCUGAUCUUAAUAUUCAAGUUCUGGAUCCAGAGCUGCUGAAAUCUGCAGAGGCUAAAGAGAAAUGGAGGCCCUUUUGUAACCAGUUUGAUGGUGUUGUAGAGGACUUCAACUACGGUACAUUAUUACGUAUUGAUUGUCAAAAAGACUACACCGAGGAGAACACAAUAUUUGCUACCAGAAUCCAGUUUUACGCCAUAGAGAUUGCGAGAAACAGGGAAGGCUACAAUGACGUCGUCUACAAUACCAACUCUAAAGCGAAAGAACAGAAGAAACAUACAAGUUAAUCAUGCCAACAGAUUUAAAGUGGCCUUCUUCGUGUAGAGGAGACCUCCUGUACACUUAAAAAAAUUCAAACGAAUGUCCUGAAAUGGAGCGUUUUGGAGCAACAGUUAAAUGUUCUUUGUGUAAAUGUAUGUAAUAAAAGUUACUUUUCUCAUUUGUACUCAACUAAAAGUUGAGAACAUUGUGGAUUGUUCAGUUUUGAUUUCUUGUUUUUGUAAUGAAUACAAAGUCAAAAAAAUGUUCCCCCCCUCUUCCCUGAAAAUAGCUGUUUCAUCUAAUGUAGUUCCCUAUCAUUAAUUCCCUUGCUUAAGUUAACAUGAAAUCAAAAUGGACACCAUUUAUUAUUUAUUUUGGUAAACAAAUGCUUGUCUUGGUAAUAUUUCAUCAAAAUGGAUCAACUUGCUUGGAAGUCUCAUAGUUUUCAACCCCUCCCAAACCUCAUGCCAUAUAGAAACCACUUUUUAUGAUUCAGUCGUUUCCUUAAAGAUAAAAUGAGUUCCAUCCUACCUUUUUUCUUGUUGAAAAUCCUAUUUUACUCAGAAAUAAAAUGGGUUGUGAACACAGUUUCAUGUUGA